AGAGUCUGGUCUAUGCAUGCGUAUGAAGCCACCUACAAAGGCACUCAUAACAAACGCGUAUCACUUUAGGCAAGCUGUCUUAUUACUGUACUCCUCAUAUUAGAGCGCAAAAGAAUUAAACCGAUAGAUUACUACAUAGCUGCACGAUGAGGGUGAAGGCAACAAAUGCGGGACCCACUCCAGGGUCAACACACAAUAUACAUGCACAAUCACGUGGGAAGAGCCCCAGAGUCGUAAUAGUUCGGUCUAAAAGUACAAUUGCACACAACACGAACAAGCGGAGCAGUCUUUCACAACCACAACAAAAACAAACAAUAACUAAGGAGAAUUAUGAUAACAACUGCACGAUUGAUAUAUACGAAAAAAAUGAAGACGGGGCAGGUACAGGUGCAGAUAAAGACGUAAGCGAGGAGAUUGAUCUCAACGCUGAAACUGGCAAGCAAUUGAAAAACAAGGAAACACAUACAACGGUUGAGGCAGAAGCACAUGAAGCCUCGAAUACGGAAAGGACAGAUAUCCCACCCAGGCCCUUUCAUAUACAGAAUGUACAGGCCACUUCUAUCAGUCUAUUACCAAUGGAGAGCGAUGAAGUACCUGGGACAACUUUACCUGAUGAAGUCAGACUGGGCCAUCUGCCAUCGGGACAGGGCCUGCAUAACUACUUGAUGCAUGGGGCGGCGGGGAA